GUCUUCGUCGGUCAGCUUUCAUGGGCCGUCGACAAUGACCGUCUGGCUCAAGAAUUUGCUGACUGCGGUGAGAUCGAGUCUGCGACUGUCCAGAUGGACCGUAACACUGGCAAAUCGCGUGGCUUUGGAUACGUCCACUUCACCACACCGGACGCCGUCGAGAAGGCUCUCCAAAUGAAUGGACAGGAGAUCGAUGGUCGGGCCAUCAAGGUCGACCGCAGUCUACCCCGUGACAAGUCCCAAGUGAGGGAGAAACGUGCACAGGCAUUUGGGGACGAGGUCAGCGCACCGAGCAGCACCUUGUUCGUCGGAAAUUUGAGCUUUGGCGUCACGGAGGAUACCGUCUGGUCAUUCUUCAAUGACUAUGGUGUUAAAAGCGUUCGCCUUCCCACUGAUCGGGAAACUGGCCGCCCGAAAGGGUUCGGCUAUGUGGAAUUCGAGGAUAUUGAUGGCGCGAAAAAGGCUUUCGAAGCCGCUAAUGGGUCUGAGAUUGAAGGGCGCUCAAUUAGGCUCGACUAUUCUCAACCCAGAGAUUCAUCUGGGGGUGGAUUUGGUGGUGGCCGCGGCGGAGGUGGUCGUGGAGGCGGUCGCGGCGGCGGAGAUAGAGGCCGCGGCGGUCGUGGGGGUGGCCGUGGUGGUGGUCGCGGCGGGUUU